AUGCUUCCUCAAAUUACUUUGGGAACGCCUCUUGCGCAAGCAGUCGCAACUGUCAUCCAGCCGAAAUUGGUGGAGAUGGGCUGGAGUGAUAGCCUUGAGUCACCACUGAUCGAAUACAUCGUUCUGAUGCUGGUCAAUGGCAAGACCGAAGAGCAAAUCGCCACCGAGCUCUCAAAUGAUUUCCUCGGCCUCCAGGAAGGCGAUACUGCGGCUCUCGAGUUUUCACAAUGGCUUUUCGCCCAAGUCGAGAUGCUCAACCAACAAAUCAAUGGCGUUGCUCCAGCCUCGACCGAUGCUACUAUGGGACAGUUGAACCCUUCGGCAAUGGAAUUCGAUAACUCAGCUCAAGCGAUGGCCAAUCCAUUCGGAGAGGCUAACGGCCAGGAUGCCGAGAUGGGCGAGGCAGGAAAUGAGUCAAUCCCCACCGGACCGAAAGCGAUGCGUAACGGCAGAGGCGGCAAAGGAAGAAUGUUGAACCAAAUCAAUCGAAACCUGGAUCGCGGUUCGGAUGCAGCUCUGCACCGUGUGCGCGGACAAGGAAACGGGCGCAUCGGUCACAAUGGCCGGGGUCAAAUGAGAGGCGUCGGACAGCAAAAUGGUCGUGGUGGCCGUGCCAUGGGAAUGCCAGGGAGCCCCAUGAUGCAAAUGACCCCCGAAAGCCAGAUGCAGCUUAUGUCGAUGUUGGAAGAACAGGCCCGGAUGAUGUCUCAAUUUAUGCCUGGCUUCAUGCCACCUGCCGUUAACCCCGCUUUCCAAACUGGUUCCCAGAAUGGCCCUCAAGGUCGUUCGCUCUUCAAUCGGGUCGAGCGAGGUGGCCAGCGUGGAGGAAAGCGCGGUGGCGGCUACAACAAGCCAAGAGCCGCAGAAGGAGCAGAUGUGGAUAUGGACAGCACAGCUGGUGGUGAACAGGAUGAAAGCAACCCCGACAGUGUUUGUCGCUUCAACCAACGAUGCUCGCGCCAGGAUUGCCCGUUCGCCCAUCAAUCACCUGCCGCCCCCGAAGGCACUUCAAUCGAUCCUUCUGAUACUUGCUCAUUCGGUGCAGCUUGCAAGAACAAGAAAUGCACCGGACGCCACCCUUCACCCGCAGUGCGAUCCGCCCACCAAGCAGAGGCCAUGUGUCGGUUCUUCCCUCACUGCACCAACCCCACCUGUCACUUCAAGCACCCAAGUAUGCCAGUCUGCCGCAAUGGAGCCGACUGCAAGACCGAAGGAUGCAAGUUUACACAUGUCGAAACUGCCUGCAAGUUCAAUCCCUGCCUGAACCCCAAGUGCACCUACAAGCACGCCGAGGGUCAGCGCGGUGCUUACACUGACAAGGUGUGGACCCCACGCUCUGGAGAGCAUGUCAGCGAGCGCAAGUUUGUCACGGAUGUGGAUGGACCCCAGGAGUUGAUCAAGCCGGAUACCGAGGAGAAUACUCAGAGCCAUGAGGUGACCGCGUGA